CUUGGCAAUGGUUCCGACGAUGAAGAAGAUUCAAACCCAAAAGUGGGUAAUGGAAGGCAACUACUUCCCUGAAGACAUCAUAGGCACAAUCCUGUCGAAGCUGCCCGUCAAAGACGUGAUCAGAUGCAGCGCCGUGUGCAGAUCGUGGUACUCCCUCGUCAGAAACCCUACCUUAAUUCAAACCCACCUCAAGAAUCAAAACACCGCCGGCGACCUCCACCUACUCGCCUCCCGCCAAUCAACCGACUUGUGUUGGAUUAACCCUGCAGGUUCAUUCGGUCAGUGUUUCAGACUCGAACAUCCAUUUUACAACAAGAGAAAUAUUAGUUGGGGCAAAGAUUUGCAAUCCGAAGUGGUCGGAACUUGUAACGGCGUCGUAUGCAUUGCUGUUUCCUCAUUCUACAUUGAUCCCUGCCCUCCUGUAAUUCUCUGGAAUCCAUCCAUUAGAAAAUUUGGGAUUCUGCCUAGUCCUAAUCGUGCCGUUUUCUACCGGUAUGAAAGCAUUAAGUUCUGCUAUGAUUCUCGUAUUGAUGAUUAUAAAGUUGUGAGAAUCGUCACGGAGCCCGGUUGCAAAAUUGAGGUUGAGGUUUGGUCCUUAACCAGAGGUACCUGGAAAAGUCUUAGUAAUGUUCCUGCUGAUUUCGCCCCUUUUGCAAGUGACAUGGCUUUUGUCAAUGGUGCCCAUCACUGGGUUCAACAUCACUGGACAAGGGAGGAGGAGAACCCCGUUGUUUCUGUGGUGGCAUUGGAUAUGGCUGAUGAAUCAUUUCGGAAUGUCAGGAUUCGACAAGGGUCUUGGAGAGACUUUCCACCCAUGAUUUCGAGGUACCAUGGUGACGGGGAUCAGCUCUGGCUUACCUUAUUUGAGAUUCAGGGGAACUCUUCUUUCGACUUGUGGGUGAUGAAAGAGUAUGGUGUGUUCGAUUCGUGGACAAAGUUGUUCAAUGUGCGUCUGCUAGGAUCUCCGGAUGAAGAACCUUGUAUUGAGCCAUUUGGUGUUACAAAGAGCGGUCAGGUGGUGGUCAAAAUGGGUCGAGACGGAGAGCUCAAUUCGAUGCAGGUUUAUGAUCCUGAGGACAAACAGUUUAGAGAUUUUGGAAAUCAUGGGUGCAGUUGCUACUUGAUGGAUUCUUUUGUGGAGAGUCUUGUCUUACUUGACCAAACCAAUGUUUACUCGUACUGAGGAGGAACUCAGAGAUAUCAACAACAAUAGUUUUUAUCAAUGUAGCUUGCUCUGCUCUCUCUUUGGACCAAAAUAUGUAUCAGCCGUUUGGUUUUAGUGUUUAACGAAGGGUCAUCAGGUUGCAGGUUUGAUUAGGGACAGUCUCAUAAUAAUGUAUUAGUGGGGUUUCAAUUUCAAAUAGUUUUGUAAUUUGCCUUCAUGUUUGAUCUUUGUUCAUCCUUGCUUGUUGCUUGGUCUUUUAGGAGUCCCUGCUUUUGUUGUAGUAACAGAUACUUGUCAUUUGGUAUUUACUUGCUACAUCCAAGUGAUCCAACAUUAACGGAUCAUUGCC